CUUCGUCCUCGUCUACUCGGUGUCUAGGGUUUAAUGCGUCUUAUUUACAUAGCUAUGAGGUGCUAACAGCCGUCAACUCUUGGAGUGUAUUCACAAAGUUCCACUAAAGGUAGACCAAUAUCGUAAGAUGAAAAGGAGAAAAGUUCUGAACGAAAUGGUUGGGAGAAACGCGUGAAUCUGGAGCAGCGCGGUGAGGCUGGCGGACAGUACAGCACUCACGGUGGCCGCCAGCCACCCACCUUCGUUAUUUGGCGACCAGCCCUCGUCCACCGCGGGCCUCAGGUGCUGCGCACACCCGCGGGGAAACUAACCACGCAGCCAACAGGACGCCACUGCGAGAGAAAGAGAGAGAGUGGCUGUAAAGCAGUGUGGCUCUCGCCUUGUGGAAAACAGUGCCGGCAGGAGAUAGAAAGUUUCUUGGUGCAGUGAACUGGCGCCAGUGUCGCCGUGGAGCUUCAACCACGCACCUCUUGUGUAACAUCCAGGAAGUGGCCUUGUGUCUGCCUGACCCUGACCUUGGCGGGUCGUGCUAACACGCUGGGAGACGGGAACAUUGACCCCCUGCCAGUGACUGGGCAACAUGUGGCUAUAGCGCUCCUCGAGGACAACACAGACUGGCCGGGACAGCCAGCCAUUCAACACCUUCACCCCCGUUCGUCAGUGUGCGUCCUCCUGUGUCGCUGUACCACUAUGGGGACGGACUUACUUGAAACGACCUGACACUCCCCACUACAAUUCUGAUAGUUUGUGAUUGAGAAAACCCUGAAGUAAAAACUGAGAGACUAUUCGUGAUGUCAAUUCACGCCGGGGAAUACUGGUUAGAUCGAGGCUUGUGUCCGCAGUAUUACACAAUCGGAGAAUUCAACUACCAGGCUGGAAGUGAUCCGGGCCUGCCGGCCAAGCUGGAGAGGGCCGCUGCGCCCCAUCCAGCAGAGACGCAGCACCCACCACACGAUCUUCUGCACGGCUGUGUGGACGGCGGAGGCAGUGAUGGCUACCACAGCUCCACUCCCGAUGACCUGGCCUCGGAGUGCUCGCCCGGCUCCGAAGCUCCAGGUCAAGGGCUCACCAAGGAACACAAGACAGACCUGGUGAAUGAGGCUUACCCCAACCUGGAGUAUUACCAAGCAGCUUACCCUGCCACCACUGACCUCAGCAGCCUCAACCCCCCCUACACCUACAACAACGGCAUCUCUGUCCCGCCGGCCAACUGGGCCUCCCUUCAGGUGACGGCCGUCGAGGCUGACCCCAAUCAUCCGGGAGAACACUUUAUUCCUCCAGAAACAACGCCGUCUCUGGUGACUCACUACAAACCGCUCAGGAUCCGUCGUCGUCCUCCUAAAGUCGUCGGUAACGAAACUCUUCGCAAAAGAAGACUUGCAGCCAAUGCAAGGGAGCGACGACGAAUGAAUGGCCUGAACGACGCCUUUGAGAAGUUGAGAGAGGUGGUGCCUGCGCUUGGAAAUGACAGAAAGCUUUCCAAGUUUGAGACUCUGCAGAUGGCACAGACCUACAUCACAGCCUUGGCUGAGCUUCUGAGACGAGCAGAUGCCGAGGCAGCUGCUGUCCGGGCAGAAAGUGCCCGGGAGGUGUGCUGAGCUGCCUUUCCCGAGGUUGCUCAGCGAGUGCCCGAUGCGCUGCAUCAAGAUGAUAGUUACAUUUUCUUGCUUUCGUCUCUCCUGAUGCUCAAGUUGAGUGCUGAUAUAAAGGCGAGUGACUGAAAUCAAUCUGGCAUCAUAAUGCGAGGAUUAACAUUUUACUAAUCAACAAAUGUUUAUUUUAUUCAUUAAAAAUAAACGAGUUACUUGGAGUGAAAACUUUAGAAAACUUUAAAUUGAUUUGAAUUAUUUUUCAAAGGUGACUCAGUGCUGCUGAGUAGAAUGUGCAUCUGUAACUGCGUGUCACCGGAGUGCAAAGCGUGUGAGGACAGCUGGUGAUGAAUUCAGUGUUGGUGUGUCCUCGGUAACGGAUAGAAUACUGACAUGCUGUUAGUCUCUACAAGUACACAUUUGGAUGUAAUUACCAGUAAGAAGUGUUUUUAUUAUGGCAUGGUUUAUAUAAUAUUGCUACUUUAUUCUUUGCGUUGCAGCAAAAAGAAAUGUGUGUGUGUGUGUGUGUGUGUGUGUGUGUGUGUGUGUGUGUGUGUGUACACGCGCGGGCGCACUUGCGUGUGCGUGUUUUCCAGCAAAACAAUGUGUGUGUGUGUGUGUGUGUGUGUGUGUGUCAAGAAGCCCUGCAGCAGUAUUACCCCCAGCAGCCUGACAGCCGCAGGCCGCUGUUCCCUGGCCAGGGCAGGCGAGGUGCCCGGCAGCUGGUGCCUCGCGCUUGGCGCCUUGGCCACUCAAGCCACCGAACUCAAGUCAAUGCAUCACAUUUUAUAUACAUACAGAUUUUUAUAUAAAUACUAAUUCACAGUUAAUUUAGAGAGGUCGUUGUUGUUCGCCUCUUAUUAAUGAUUGUAUUUUGUUAAUUGUUGUGUUAGAAUUGUUACUGAGAGUGUUUUAUUGUUGAUAGUGAAGGGUAGGUGAGCCGACACAGCCGCUGCCAUUGUGAUAUAGAACACACUAUUUAUUUUCGUUAAAUAUUUUUGUAUAUAUGAAUUACA